AUGGAGUACCUUACUAGAACACUCAAGAAGAUGAGUGAUCUACCUGAUUUCAAGUACCAUCCAAUGUGCAAGACCACCAAACUUACACACUUGAUAUUUGCAGAUGAUUUAAUGGUGUUCUGUAAAGGAGACUUAGCCUCUAUUAAUAGAGUGAUGGAAGCUCUAAAACAUUUUAGUGCAACCACUGGCCUAGUUGCAAACCUGGAGAAAUCAAACAUAUUUCUAGCCGGAAUGGAUGAUGACACUAAGGCAAGUAUAUUGGCAAGUACUGGUUUCUCAAUAGGCACACUACCUAUAAGAUACCUAGGACUACCAUCAUCCUCUAAGAAGUGGAAUAAAGUUGAUUGUCAUCAACUGGUGGAUAAGAUCACGAAAAGAAUAACAAAUGGCUACUCAAGGCAGCUUUCGUACGCGGGGAGGCUGCAAAUUAUCAAUGCUGUCCUGUUCUCAAUUUAUAAUUUUUGGGGUGCUGUUUUCAUCCUUCCACAAAGUGUACUGAAAGAAGUAGAUAGGAAGUGUAGAGAAUUCUUGUGGGGGUGUCAGGAGGGACAGAGGAAGGUGUCCUUGGUUGCGUGGGAUAAUGUAUGCGUACCAAAAAAGUAUGGGGGAUUAAAUAUUAAAAGUUGUAGGAUUUGGAACAUGGUAGCGGUUGGCAAGUUGCUAUGGCAACUGGCAAAUAAAGAAGACAUUCUUUGGGUCAAGUGGAUCCAUGAGAUUUAUAUGAAGAUAACUGAUAACAUUUGGGAACAUUCUCCACCUCAAAAUUGUAGUUGGUAUUGGAGGAAGCUAAACUCUCUAAAGAAAGUGAUGAUGCAUUGGUAUCAGAAUGAUAUAUAUACGCUGAAUCCAACUGGUUCGUACUCUAUGACUAAUAGUUAUCACGCGAUGCUGGGCACACUACAUAGACUUCCUGAAGCUGAACUAAUUUGGAGUUCAGUAAUGAUGCCUCAGCAUAGGGUGCUGGUUUGGUUAGCUUAUCAAGAUAGACUACUCACCAAGGAGAGAUUACAAAGGCUGAACAUUCCUAUUGAAAAUAUUAACUGUUGCUUAUGUGAGGAAGGAGUAGCUGAAACACACCAGCAUUUGUUCGUAGACUGUGCAUGGGUAUCUGUGGUGAAAUAUGAGUUGGCUAGAUGGAUAGGUGUGAAUCUACCGAAUAUGACAACCAAGCAAUGUUUGGGGUGGUUUAAAGGAAGACACUGGCGACAAUUCUGGAAGGAGACAGUGGCUGCCAUGUAUGGAGCAAUAGUAUACCAAACCUGGCAAGCAAGAAAUUGGAAGCAGUUUAGGCAAAUAAGUGUUAAUGCUGAGUUUACCGUCGUACAAAUACAGAAGGAGUUGCAGGAGAGAUUAAGAUUAGUGGAUAGUUCUAGGAGGGCUAUGAUAACAUACAAAUAA